AUGAUAAGUAUUUUUGGGCCAUUUGAAUCAAAAUUUAUUCGUCCACAAUUAUCCGAUAUUAUUAACAAGGAUUCAACAGAUAAUAUAAUUCUUUCAACAAAUUCACAAGAUGAUCAAUCAGUUUUUCUCGAUGAAGAUCAUGAUCCAAUAACAACAAAUAUCGAUAAUAUUAAUGGAAAAACAAAUUCAUCUUUUACUGAAAAUCAUGAUCAUGAAUGUUUAAAAGUAAAUUCAAUAAUUGAUGAUAACAUUUCAACAUAUCAAGUUCAACGAAGAAAAAGUGUUUCAUCUCGUUUUCGAUCUGAACAAGAAAUAGAUGAACUAUUUUUGAUGAAAAUUUAUUCUUAA